AUGGUUGCCGAUUUUGCUGAUUAUGAUUGGGAUAACUUUGAAGAUAUCAAUGAAGACACAUUAGUCUUCAUCUUAAUGGCUACCUAUGGUGAAGGUGAACCUACCGAUAAUGCCAUUGAGUUUAUGGAUGCUUUAGAGAAUCAAUUGGAGAAUUUGGCUAAUUUGAAAUUUACUGUUUUUGGUUUAGGUAAUUCAACUUAUGAAUUUUAUAACGCAAUGGGUAAAAAAAUUAAUGAAUCUUUAGAAGAGAAAGGUGCUAAACGUUUUGCUGAAUAUGGGGAAGGUGAUGAUGGUUUAGGUACUUUGGAUGAAGAUUUCUUAAGUUGGAAAGAUGCCGUAUUUGAAAGUUUAAAGAAUAAUUUGAAUUUCGAAGAACGUGAAUUAGAAUAUCAACCAAAUAUUAAAUUGGAAGAAUUGCCAGAAUUAUCAAUUGACGAUGAAAAUGUUAGUAAUGGGGAACCAAACAGAAAAUAUCUCUCCAAGGAUGCUGACUUAACUAAAGGUCCAUUUGAUCAUACUCAUCCUUACUUGGCUCCAAUCACUGUUACAAAAGAAUUAUUUAAUUCCCAAGAAAGGCACUGUGUCCAUGCCGAAUUCGACAUCUCUCAUUCUAACUUGAAAUAUUCUACUGGUGACCACUUGGCUGUUUGGCCUUCCAAUGCCGAUGAAAACAUUGCUAAAUUUAUGGAAGCUUUUGGAAUUCAAGAUAAAUCUGGAACUGUCUUCCAAUUGAAAGCUUUAGAUCCAACUUUUACAUUACCAUUUCCUACCCCAAUUUCGUAUGGUGCCGUAAUUAGACAUCAUUUGGAAAUCACUGGUGCCAUCUCCCGUCAAUUUUUCGUUUCAAUUCUUCAAUUUGCUCCUGAUGAAGAAACUAAACAAGCUGUUGCAAAAUUAGCCCAAGAUAAGCAAUUAUUUGCUAAGGAGAUUCAUGCCAAGAAGUAUAAUAUUGCCGACGCAUUAUUGAAAUUAUCCCAAGGUAAACCAUGGACCUCCGUUCCUUUUGAAUUUAUAAUUGAAAAUAUCACCCAUUUAACUCCUAGAUACUACUCCAUUUCUAGUUCUUCCUUAGUCGAGAAAUCAACCGUUUCUAUCACUGCUGUCGUUGAAGCCGAAAAAGAACUGGAUGAUAGAUAUAUUACCGGGGUAGUCACCAACUUGUUAAAACAUAUUGAUAUCGUCCAAAACAAGAAAUCAGAAACUCCACUUGUUCAUUACAACUUAGCCGGGCCUCGUAAUAAAUUCUCCAAGUUCAAAUUACCUGUCCAUGUAAGAAGAUCUACCUUUAAAUUACCAUCCAGUUCCACCACCCCUAUCAUCAUGGUUGGUCCAGGGACCGGUGUUGCUCCAUUGAGAGGAUUUAUCAGAGAACGUGUCCAACAAGUCAAAAACGGUAUGAAUGUCGGUAAAUCCGUCUUAUUCUACGGAUGUCGUAGCGAAUCUGAAGAUUACUUGUAUAAAUCAGAAUGGCCAGAAUAUGCCCAAGCCUUAGGUGAAAAAUUCCAAUUAUUCACUGCAUUCUCAAGAGCUGAUCCAACCAAGAAGGAUUACGUUCAACAUCAUAUUGAAAAGAAUGGUGAAAUGAUGAAUGAAUUAUUAAAGGAGGGUGCUAUUGUAUAUGUUUGUGGUGAUGCCCUGCAUAUGGCCAGAGAUGUCCAAGCGGCAUUCGUCAAGGUUAUAAGUACCCAUCGUGGUAUUUCGGUCGAAAGAGCUGGGGAUUUGGUGAGAAGUUUGAAGGUUCAGAAUAGAUACCAAGAAGAUGUUUGGUAA